AGGGCUCAGCCUCGGGCUCCGGUUUCGGUAUCGAUUUCUCAAGGCCUGCAAGCGGAGUCGGUGGACCCCAGAGCCGUAGGAACUCUUUUCUCAGUCCCGCCUUCCGCCUCCCGCCCGCCUCAGCCUUCCUCACUGAUCUGUCCGGACUCGUGUUUCUUUUUCGAGUUUCCCGCGGGGACUAUCCCUUGAAGACGACCAACCGCAGCCGAGAAUUUUGUUGGCCCCGCCAACCAGAGGCGAGGGUGAGAGAGCCCGGCCAGGCUGCGGGGAGAGAGUCCCUUUCUCAGGCCUCUCCAGGUCUCCGGGCCCAGCCUCGGCCACCAUGUCCCACCAGACCCCUCUGGGCUCCUCAGUGCCACAAGCCAAUUGCCUGGACCUGUGGAGGGCAGAGAAUGACCGACUCGUUCGACAGGCCAAGGUGGCUCAGGACUCGGAUCUGUCUCUGAGGCGACAGCACUUGGCUCAAGAUGCUCUGGAAGGGCUCAGGGGACUCCUCCGUAGUCUGCAGGGGCUCCCUGCAGCUGUUCUUGCUCUCCCCUUGGAAUUGACUGUCAUCUGCAACUUCACCACUUUGAGGGCAAGCCUGGCCCAGGGUUUCACUGAGGACCAGGCACAGGAUAUCCAACGGGCACUAGAGAGAGUGCUGGAAACCCAGACGCAGGUGGGGCCCAGGCUGGAACAUGGCCUCAUGGGGCUGUGGAACUCUGUCCUCCGUGCUUCCUCCCUUCUGCCGAGUCUGCUCCCUGCCCUUCACCACCUGGCUGGCCUGCAGGCUGCCCUCUGGCUGACCACUGAUAGUCUUGGGGACCUGACCUUGCUGCUGCAGACCCUGAAUGGCAACCAGAAUGGGGCCUCUGGGAAUCUGCUCCUCCUUCUAAAAACUUGGAGCCCCCCAGCUAAGGAGUCAGAUGACCCAUUGACCCUGCAGGAUGCCCAGGGAUUGAAGGAUGUCCUUCUGACAGCAUCUGCCUUUCGCCAAGGCCUUCAGGAGCUGAUCACAGGGAGUCUGCCCAGGGCACUGAGCAGCCUGUAUGAAGCAGCCUCAGGUCUGUGCCCACGGCCCGUGUUGGUCCAGGUGUACACAGCACUGGCAACCUGUCUCCGAAAGAUGGGAAAUCCACAGAGAGCUCUGCUAUACUUGGUUGCAGCCCUGAAAGGGGGAUCAGUCUGUGGUCCCCCACUUCUGGAGGCCUCGAGCCUAUAUCGGCAACUGGGGAACACAGCAGCAGAGCUGGAGAGUCUGGAACUUCUGGUUGAGGCCUUGAAUGUCACGCCUCGCUCUGAAGUCUCCCCUUUUCUUAUUGAGGUAGAGUUACUACUCCCACGACCUGACCCAGCCUCUCCCCUUCACUGUGGAACACUGAGCCAGGUCAAACACCUGCUAGCAAGCCGAUGCUUACAGACGGGAAGGGCAGAAGAUGCUGUAGAGCAUUACUUGGACCUGCUGGCCCUGUUGCUGGAUGGCUCGGAGCCAAAGUUCUCCUCACCCCCCUGCCCCCCAGGGCCCUGUAUGCCUGAGGUGUUUUUGGAGGCAGCGGCAGCGCUGAUCCAGGCAGGCCGAGCUCAGGAUGCUUUGACAGUAUGUGAGGAGCUGCUGAAUCGUACAUCAUCUCUGCUUCCCAAGAUGCCCCAGCUAUGGAAAGAUGCCAGAAAAGGGACCAAGGAUUCACCACAGUGCCCAUCCUGGGUCUCUGCCACCUACCUGCUUCAGGGCCAAGCCUGGGUGCAACUAGGGGCCCAAAAACAGGCAAUUAGUGAAUUUAGCCGGUGCCUUGAGCUGCUCUUCCAGGCCGUACCUAAGGACAAAGAACAAGGGCCUGCUUCCAGCUGUGAGCAGGGGUAUACGUCAGAUGUGGAACUACAACAGCUUCGGGCUGCUGCCCUGAUUAGCCGUGGACUAGAAUGGGUGGCCAGUGGCCAGGAUACCAGAGCACUACAGGACUUCCUCCUCAGUGUGCAGGUGUGUCCAGGUAAUGGAGAUGCCUCCUUUCAUCUGCUUCAGACUCUGGGGAGGCUGGAUCGGAGGGAUGAGGCUGCUGCUCUUUGGCGGAGGCUGGAGGCCCAAACUAAGUUACCACAGGAGAGUGCUACAUGGUUCCUCCCCCUGUACCUUGAAACCUGUUUGAGCUGGAUUCGUUCCCCUGACCGUGAAGCCCUUCUUGAAGAGUUUCGGACAUCUCUGCUAGAGCCUUGUGACCUGUAGCUGCCAAGUUUUGAAGAGUCUGAGCUUGGGCCACAGUUGGCCAUCUUUCUGUGAGGAGGGCUUUCUGCUUUACCAUCUUUGGGGAAUGUGGCUGGAAGCUGCCCAUUCCUAUAUUAACUCUGACUUUAGAGAGGUUGGUGGUACUCCUGCAAAAUUGUUUGGCCUAGUUACUGGCAUAUGGUUCCAUAGGACACCCACCACCACCACCACCACCAAUGCAUUGACUUUGCUUAUG